AUGGCGGAAGUGCCCGAAACCAAUCCCCCACCGCCGGACCCUCCAAUCCCCUCCGCACCGGACGCCGCGGAGGAAACGGCUCCGCCGGCUGCAGCAACUGCAUCGCAGCCGAGCACCGACAUCGUUGCCCCUCCGGCGUUAGCUCCGAAGCGGCAACGCCGUCCGAGUGUCCGUCUUGGAGAGAUUGGAGACCAACGCGCCGCCGUACACGGCCACGACUCGCACAAUCGCCGCCCGAGUAUGCCGCCAUGGAGCUGGCGGACUCCGAAAGAAUCUUCCAGAACUUCGAAGGCGCGCUCCGUGACGAACCUCGCGAACGGCGGCGAAGAAUUCGGAAGCACCAACAACCGAAGGGGAAAAGCGAAGCGAGGAGGACAAACGACGAAGCGGUUGAGAUCAAAUUGGAUUCCGAGAGCAACUAUGGACGAAAACGGUGACGAAGAAGGUUUUAGGGAUUUUGAACACGAACUCGAACAGGAUCAGAGUCCAGUGCACUCGGUGGAAGAGAACGGUGGGGAUUAUUGGCACGUGGAUCGGAGCGAGGAUCCUAGGGUUAGGGUUUCAGAAAACGACGGCGUUGAAUCUGAAUCGCGAGACCGGAGGAAGAGCGAUGGAGUUAGGUCUUGGCUGUUCGAGUUAGGGCUGAGUAGGUAUGCGCCUAUGUUUGAGAUCCAUGAGGUCGAUGAUGAGUUGCUUCCCAUGUUGACAUUGGAGGAUCUCAAGGAUAUGGGGAUCAACGCCGUUGGUUCCAGAAGGAAAAUGUACACUGCAAUCCAGAAGCUGAGGAAAUGCUUUCCAUGA